CCCUACGAGUGUGCGCCAGUGACCGACCGUUUACAACGCGAUAAGUGUCGCGGCUCUGUGAACGGUAAGCUCGGUGUCAUUCCAGAAGGUCCGUUUAUAUUCUCUCAAACAGGCUGUUGCGUUAAUUUAUCGUUGGUGUGUUGUUACGUUUUUUCACGACAACCAGCAAACGUCAAAGAGAUCGCGAUGUUAGAAUGAGGCGGACGACCAGGACGGACAGCAACUGUCAGGAAGAUGCCGGUACACCAGUUACACAGGGGAAAUGCAGGCCAGCUGGACAGUGUCGCAUCGUAAUCAACAGCCAUAAUGGACCUUCGAACGUUCGUUCUUGAGGAUCGGCUUGAAAAUUUGUUUGGUGAACGGAAUACGAACGAUGACACUUGGGGAUCAUUUGUCACUCGACAGAAAACAAUAAAGCUUGCAACGUGGACAGAAAUGUAUCGUCCUUCUAAUUGCUCUGCCUGGUCGCCAUUUCUCAAGCAGUGGCAGUGUUUAGUGUCAUGAAAAUGUACAAAAGGAAGGAUAUUACGAAGUCGAGAGAAUGUUUUUGCAAAAAUUGCAAUUUAUUCUAAUUUCUAGUACAAUGGACGCGCUUAGAAGUGUGUGUAAGGUUUGAACAUGUUGAAGAGGGACGUUGGUACUUGGUUGUCACUCGAUGAUACUAAAUCGCCAAUGGGGAGUGGCGGAGAUCAUAAAAAGAGCGAUAAAAAGAUGACUCUAGCGAGUAAGUAGAGUGAAACCUAGUCUCUGGUGUUGGCAACAGUUUGACGAACGAGGCAAGGGUUCCGUAGGAUCGUCGGGAUUAGGUGAAUAAUUUAAGGAAGGAACUACCGUUCCCAUGCUUGGCAGUGGCUUUCCUGGGACCAUUUUAGAACCUCACGAAGAUGGGUUCUCGAAGGAGCGGAUCAGGAGGGAGCCGUGCGAACGCCGGUGUCCUGAAGGAACGGGCGAACAUGUCAUUUAUGCUUGUGGUCAUGUUCUUCGCCGUGUUCGGCUUGAUCGUCCUUACGGAAAUAUUCCUGAUCGACGAGAGGCGUGGCGUGGGUGUAGGUGGCACAGGAGCUCUAGGAGGUCACAGAAGCGGACAUCGAUUGCCGGCUGCGCCCGAUCGUCCAGAUUACGGGGAAAUCGGAGCUGAAGAUUACAUCGGACUGAAGGGUAGCUUCGACGAUCAUAUCGGAUUAUUGAUGCGCGGGGAAGAUGGAGGGCAGAAGACCGCGAUGUUGCAACCAGAUCCCCGAGGUUUACCAAGCUUACCACCGAACCUAGAAGCUCGUCUGCCACAACUUGAUCAGAGCUUGAGGAUCACGCACGCUGAAUGGCUACCAGUCACGAAAACCAGAUUCAAAUUCUUUGUAUACUCGGCGUACUUUGACGACAGAGUCGGUGGUACACCGUCAGGGAAAAAUCAGGGUAUGGUACGGAUAAUCAGCGCAACGAAGACUAGAGGACCAGAACGCGUUUGGUGUAGACUUUGGUAUCGGACGGAGAAUGGAGAAAAUGUCACUGCUUCCGUGACGGUGGCCGCUAAAGUGAAGGUGAUCAGAGAAAAUUGGAACUUAAAGUACAGCGCCUGCUUCGUGAUUUGCCCGUUGCCUAAAGAAUCGCCCACGGCCGACAGAGUACCGGAAACAGUAAGUGUCGUGGCAAGACUGAAAGCAGCACCGACAAAUCGUAUCCUCGUUCAGAAUCGUCCAGAGACUAGGACCAAGGAUAAAGAAUCAUUGGCUAUUUGCGUGAAGCCUCUCCACUACGAUUACAACAGAGUACUGCAGCUGGUAGAGUUCAUCGAGUUACAUAGACUGUUAGGUGCCAGCCAUGUGACUCUCUACAAUGACACGGUUGGUACAGAGGCCGGAUGCGCGCUGAAAUACUACGAGACGAAAGGUUUAGUUACCGUCUUACCCUGGCAUCGUUUAGACAUGAUUUCCCAGCGAGAGAUUCGUACGGAAGGAUUGUUCGCUGCCCUGAACGAUUGUCUUUAUCGAUCAAUGUACAAAUACGAGUACGUGGCGCUGGUAGAUCUUGACGAGUUUAUCAUUCCCAGGCACAACGACACCAUCAUCGAUCUCAUAAAGUGGAUGAGCAAUCAUAUAAAUACCAAAUCCACGGGAGCGUAUUCUUUUCAAAAUGCUUUCUUUUAUCUGCAGUGGGCGGACGAUCCGUUCGUGUCUGUAAGUCGAACGCCGGUCGAGGCUGGUUUGAUCACGUUGAGGAAAACAAGGCGCAGAACGAAACUGCAUCCGCACAAACAACGCUCGAAAUACGUAUGCAAGCCUCAGAACGUUGUCGAGGCGGGUAAUCAUUUCGUUUGGGAGUUCAUCCCCGGCCACGGAACAUUGAACGUGCCUUCGGACGCUGCGAUUUUACAUCAUUACCGGGUCUGUGAGUUUGGCGGGGACGACUGUAUAAAGACUCAAUCUGUAGUCGAUAGGACGGCCUAUAAAUACAAAGAUAGAUUAGCCGAUAACGUGGGUAAAACCUGGACGGAUCUGAGCGGCGAGUGUUUCUUACCGAAAUUAGAACCGAUACCGGCCAUGACACCGCGGAUUAAAGCGAACCCUGUAUCGAAGUCGAUCAGGUAGCGAAAAACCGUGCUCGAUAUUCUCUGGGAUAUUGGUAAUUUUACUGGUACACCGAAAGUGGCGAGAACCUAUUUCUACAACUAUGGUGGCCCAUAGCUUGAUAAUCGCCCUCGUGCUGGAAUUUAUCGUGUGUACCGUAGCUGUGUUUCCAAGCCUAAAACCAAAACUUGGCUUGGCACAGGGCUGCUCAUCGAAAUGCUGACGAAUACUAUUUUUCUACGUGAGAUGGACUCAUGACCGGCCAGAAAAGUAGGGAAUCAAUUUUCCGGAUCGAUCCUGCAUCUCUUACUGCUAUAUGGUGCUUUAUUCAUGUUUUUAUACAUACAUUUACUUGAGAGUUUAUUUUCGUUUCAUCUAGAAUCUAGAGGGACAAUGUUGCUCCUGCCAGGUGAGGGUGAAGAUCAAAGGCAGAACUACACAUAUAAGACAGAUUAUCAUUCACUGACGCAAUUCAAAAGUAUACCGAUUGACAAUGUUGAGGAUUGUUUCAGACUAACCACCGAUGAUGAUGAUGCAUGCACCCUAUCCACGAGUUUUAUAAACUCGAAUCAGGAGAUGAAGCCUGACCUUCUGCUGUGUGCUGUAUUCGAAUCUUCACUCUUGUCUGGUACGUCCUCUUGCAACGUAGACUUCUCUUGAUUAAGAUAUGAUCCAAGGCAACCCUUGCACUUGAUCCUUGACCAAGAGAUGCCUAGAUUGCACACGGAUGUACUUACAUACAUACGUCUAUACACAAGUUGUUACGUAGGGCCUACGCUCCGGUCUAUAUUGGUGGCUCUAACGUGUGGAACUCGAUAUUACAUUCUUGUCUCUUGUUGAUACAUUUCUUUUCGACACCUAUAAAUCCGCACAACGUAUAAAGAGAAAAAUAAAACGUACGCAUAUCUAUAGGAUGAAUACCUAGUCGUAGUUUAUGUAUGUAUAAAUAUACAAUAUCUAGAACAACUAGUAUUUAAUCUAUAGCAAAUGCAUAGCAACGUGUAAUGUUUUUUUUAUAAAACGCCGUUUACACGUAGUGAUUUCAAUCUGACCAAUUAAUUUUAUGUUCCAACUUGUUCAUUUUGAGAUUCGUCGUAAAGGAACCUCCAAUAACAACCAGAGCAAUCUCGAUGAAUGUUGUUAUUACGGAGAAAGAAAUGAGAAUUAUUGCAUUCCCGGUGAUAAAGGGAGGAAAAAAAGGGAGAAGAAAAGAGAAAUGAAGGGGGCAGUUUUGUCAGCUAAAUGAAACUUAACAAGUUUUUCGGCGUAUGACAAUGAAAUGCUACAAACUAUUUCUAUUUCUAUUUCUAUUUCUUUCAUAAGGUCACAUUUUUUACGCGCACAUACAUUUAUUAUGUAUAUAUGUGUAUACACAUAUACGUGUACGUGUUAUUUACGUACACAGUAUGUAGGAUAGGUGAAUCCAUAUACAUAUACAUGUGAUCGGUGCUGAACCAGAUACGACAUGCCGCGCCGUGUUGGACAAGUGAAUAAAUAUUAUACGAUGACAAUACGUAUUUUAAUUCCCUUGAACGCGUACAAUUAUUAUAUAAAAUAAUGAAACUUGAAAUUAUUUAUCGAUGCCAUGUCGUGUACAUGUAUAUAUUAAGUAUUUUUCGCUAUUGUCAAAAUGAUCUGGUCCCAAUCAACUGAUAAGAUAUAUGUUACUUUUUAUUAACAUCUAUUUACAGUUAUUGUAAAAAAAAAAAAAAAAGGAAAAAAAAAUAUGCCCAUACUGGAUCGAUAAUAAGACGAACGGUAUAUUUUCAAGUUUUUGUAAAUGGUUUUUGUAACCUGGUUAAAAAUCCUCGUCCGAAUGAUCUAUCUUACUAACGGCUCGUUUUUCUUGCCCAACCUUCAGAUCAAAGUUCCCGAUGUCCGAUCUUCCUACCGAGUCUAGAAUAUCGUCGUCGUCGUCGUCGUCGUCUUCAUCGUCGUCAUCCAGAUCACCGUCAAUUAACAGAUCACUAUCGCUGUCUAAUGAACCACCACUGUCAUUUGAUUCUUGAAUCGUUCCUCUUCGACGCCCAGACAUACUGCCAUAAAUUCGACGCUGUGAUAUUUGCGUUCUCGACGAUCGGCCAGCUAUAUUGUUUUUAUACGAAUAUUUAUUAAGUAGUUGUUGUUCGUUAUUAAAAUUUGUUUAAAAAAUAUACUGUUUAAUAAUUUUAUGUUCUCACCUGAUUUCAGUCGACUGCUUGGAACUGUUUUCUCGGUGUUUUGUUUUUCUAUAUCGCUAAGAGGUGGUGGAGGUUCUUGAAGAUUCGAGGGUAGGAUGGAAUCGUUCCCUUCCAUCAUGCUUUCAAAAUUAGCAUCUUCAGCUCUCAUUUUCUUCAGCUGAUUUCGUGUUGCUUCUUGCCUGUUAUCAAUUACGAGUUAUUACUUUAAUUACCGUAUCCCGAUUUUAUUGAACAGCUAAUACACACCUCCUUUCGAAUCUUUCUUGUUCAGCUUUAGCUUCGUCUUCGUAUAAAUGUUCGAGAUACGCAAGAUAUCGAAAUUUCUCUAUAUAAUUUUCGUAUAAAGCUUUCAAUUCAAUUUCAAGCUUCUCAAAUUCCUCCAUAAAAGCUGGACGUACUUUCUUCAAUGUUUGUAGCCUUUUUUGAUUUCUCUCUAGUUCUGCGCGUCUUCUUUCGAUUCUUGUGUCCAGGUUUUGUUCUGUAUCCUACAGAAAGAACAACAGGCAAAUCAUGUUAAGAACAUUUCAAUAGAUGAAGCAAACAGGUAGAGAUUACCAUGACGCUUUCAAUUUGCUUCUUGGUGUCAUCAAUUUCUUUACGUGUAUUCUCAAUAACAUUUCUCAAAGCUGCUUCAAUUUCUGAUGUAUCAAAUUCACUGGAAACCUUUGAAUUACGAAUUUCUCGGAAAUCCACCUCACGUCCCAGCAAAUCAAACAACGAUGCACCGGUAACAGUUAAUUGACUGGCUAAUUGUUUAGUUGAUUUCAAUUGCUCACUCUUAUCAGAUAUAUCAAAAUUAGCUAGACCAACAUUGUCAUGGGAUGUUAUGCUAUUAUUGUUACUAUUAUUCUGAGCAUCGUACAAUAAUGUGGCUAUUUUUAAUAAUUCUUUCACAGCAUAGCCAUCAGCCUGAUACAAUUUCUUGGUAUUUAAUUUUACGUUUGCUUUCAAGGCCUGUAUCGAAAAAUAUUUCCACAUUUAUUCUCAUACUUACGUUAAUAAUUAAUUCAACAAUAUUUUACCAUGAAUUCAGCAAUAGUUCGUAUCAGUAAAAUACGUUCUUGUUCAGUAUUGUGUUCCCCAGAUAUCUCUGUAUCUGGAUCAAAUCUUUUCACCAACCAAACGAGAAUUUCCGCAACAAGUGGAAAAUUUGGCAAACGGAAAUUUCCGAGAGAUAUCAGUCGAGGAUAACCGAGAACUUGCAUGAUCUCCGUAAAAUCUAUUGAUAAAAUAUCAUUAUUUUAUUAUAUGAUGAAUUUUAUUGUACAAAAUGUUAGUUUACGUACUUCUUAAAUCACGAAAUGACAUUCUGGUAUAUAAAAUUAAUUAGAAACUAGAAAGGAUACGCUUCUGUUUGCUUGCCUCUUAUUGUUAAUAAGUUCUACUUUGUUUUCCUCUAUGUUGCUAAGGUAACAGACUGUGAGACCAGUGAGACUGUAUCUCAAAGUGAUAUAGUAUACAGAGAACGUGGCUUUUCAAAUAAAUUAGUAUUUCUUAUCGUUUUGGAAUCAUGUUGAUUUUUAUUAUAUUAAGUAGUACAUGUUCAAUUUGAAAGAUUGAAGCAUACAGUAAGAAUGUUAAAAUACCACGAAAUUAAAUAAAAGGCAACGUGAAAUUAUCGACACAAUUCUAGAUUAUUACACAUUUUCGAUUAAGCUUUAUUUAUCUUAAAAAUAUGUUAAUUUACACAGAAAAUUAAAAAUUUACAGAGUCUCUUCUAGCUUGUUUAUUUUCGGAUUGUUUUCGUUUUUCAAAGAGUCUUUUUCUUGCUGCAUUAAGCUUUUGUUUUCUCUUUAAUUCCAGGGUCUCUGGAGAUACUUCUGGUGGUGGUUUGAUGGCAUCUCUUAUUAGAGUUCUCAAUUUUUCAAGAGCAUCAGCUAGGUUCAAUUGUUGAGAUCUUGUUAGCUCUGACUUCACUGAUAAGUAGCCUUCUUUAGAUAAUUUAGUUUUAUGCUGUAACAAAUAUGUUAAUAUAAGCAAUCUCUUAUUUUACAAACGACUUUUGCAAGACAUAAAGUACCAACCAAUUCUAAUAGCUUCUCUUUAACCUCGUCUGAUAACCAUUUGGCACUUUCUAGAUGAAAUCUUACAUCCACUUUGCUAUUUGUUUUAUUUACAUGCUGUCCUCCAGGGCCACUGCUGCGGCUGUAUUUAAUUUCAAUUUCUUUCAGAGGUAUAUAACCAUUGAAUUUUGCAUCUGGAUUUUCAGGAACCUAAAAAGGAUUAAUAGAAAAAUAUAUUUAAAUAAAACUUGUAUAGAAAUGAAAAAGUUAUGCAUUAAGGUUUGCUGACAUAGAAGAUAUAAAUAAUGAAUGUAAAAUAUCGUUGAAUGAUUGAAAAAGAACUUGCAUUAUAUUUUAUAGAUGUUGAUAAACAAUAAACGCUUACAAAGUCUGGUGUAUAUAGUUUUAGGUUACUCGUUGGAUAAAGCUUAUCAAGAGCAUAAGCACUUUUAUAUGUAUAUGAUCUUCCAGUGUUAAAUAAAUAUCGAUUUGUUACAUCAUUUUUCAGAAUUUGAAUCCAGUGUCUGUUGGCAAUAUUCAUUUUGUUUUAUGUCAAAGCUUCAAAACUGUAGCAUAACCUCUAAGCAUAUAUAUUGUCGGAAUAUAGCUUACUAUCGCUACUGUAGACGUUCGAGAAUCGAUACCUGAAAAAUACUGUUAUCGAUGUAUCGAUAAUUUGAAUUCGGUAGAUUUCUUUUUCCCGCGAAAAGAAGAGUAAUAAUUUCAUUUACAAAGUUUAGAUUGGAAUUGUGUACUUUGUGAUACAUCAAUUGUAAGCGUUUCUUAGUUUCUUGUUAUUUUACAAGAAAAUAACUGUUCUCUUUCCUGUAAAUAGAUAUACACGAGGCAAUGGUAGGCAUACAUUUUGUAAACCAGUUUUUCUUGUCGUCGAAACGGUUUCUAAAUAAUCUGAUCCUGAAUUUCGGGCAAAUCGCUAUUCGAACAAAACGCCGGCUCCUAGGCAUACGUGCGCCGAUUGGUAAAUCCGUUGCAGACUUGCAUUCCAGGCACAGAUACACGCCAAAUACACGUGUGUUCGUUGGCCAUGCGAGCUUCUUUACACGCCUCUCACGAAUUCUCUAUAAAUAUAAACGUUCAGCCAUUGUAAGAGAAAGUAACGUUGCAACCAUUAUAGUUUGCCGAUUAAAAAAUAAUUCAACCAGAGGGUGUCUUUGUUCAGAAGUUAUUAAAAUAUUGAAAAAAAAAAAAGAAUCGAAUCAUAAAUUUA